AUGGAAGAGCAGACAAAUCGCUCAAUCACUAAAGAGGCCGACCAACUAGUUCCCGUCCAACAGAUCAAAAGAAAGCAGGGACGGAACGCAUGGAGGAGGACGAGAGGGCAGCAGCGCAAUGUGCGCCAUACCCGUCGGCCGUACAGAGUGACUGUGAAAGAGUUGCCUCCGACCAACCGAGCGAGGAAAAUGAGGCAAAACGCGCCGGUCGCCGGCGAUUAG